AUGCGAGGUUUAUUUCGCUGCCAAUCAGUUGGUGGAUUAACUACUUCAAAUUCAAUAGCUGACAUAACAACAAGUAAAAUAACUGGAUUAACUACAAGCUCAAUUGAAACAGGUCAUUUAAUAACUGGUUUAAAAACUUCAAAUACAAUUGGAGGUGGCCAAUCAGUAGCAGGAUUAACAACUUUAAAUACAUUUGGUUUAAUUUCGGGUGCAAAUUCCGUGGCCAAUCAUGUAGGUGAAUUUACUACAAAUGGUGCAUUGAGUGUUUUCAUUUCGGGUGUAAACUCUGUAGCAGGAUUAACCACAGCAAAUACAAUUAGAUGCAGUCAAUCAGUAGCAGGUGUAACAACUUCAAAUUCAAUUGGAUUAACAUCAUUGAAUACAAUAGGUCAAUCCGUUGGGGGUCUUACAUAUAUAUUUAAAUAUCGAAUUAAAGUCACCUAUACAAAGUAUAAAAAUAAUAAUAGAAUUUACUCAAAAGUUUAUGAACAUGAACUCAUUUCUAAUUAUCAAUAUUCAUUCUAUUUAAUCUUUGAUGAUGUUUUCAACCAUGAUUUGAAAUCUGCUUUUGAUUCGAAUUCUAAAACUUGA